GAGUGCUAACAUCGCGAAGAGAUGUUCCGUUUUGUAUUAGUUUUGGCCUGCUGCCAGGCCGCGAUUGCCCAAGGCUACGGUGCUAGCGGUGCUGCUGGACCCUCGAACUACGCCCGGUAUCAACAGAAUCAGUACUCCGGGGAAAAUUCCGGCCAGCAGUAUGGCAGUGGACAAUACCAGGAUCGGCAAUACGCGGGACAGCAGUCUCCGUCGUCGUUCUCAUCGUAUUUUGGGGCCAAGCUCCAAACUACCGCCAAGUUGGCCGCCAAGUUCCAGCACCUGACGAAAACUUGGACCGCCGGAAGCAAUCCGAAACCACCAGCAUCCUAUCGCAGCGGUGUCAACAUGAUCGAGCUGGAGAAGACCCGCUUGCCGCUGGGAAUCUUGGCCGACGUUGAAGAUCUUAAUCUUCCGGAAACGUUCGACGCUCGUCAGCAGUGGCCCGAGUGCCAGAGUCUGAAGGAGAUUCGCGAUCAAGGAUGCUGUGGAUCAUGCUGGGCCGUGUCUGCUGCCUCAACGAUGACCGAUCGGUGGUGCAUCCGUUCCAAGGGCAAAGAACAUUUCUUGUUUGGAGCUAUGGAUCUUCUGACUUGCUGUCUUUCAUGCGGGCAAGGAUGUCGUGGCGGAGUUCCUGGACCAGCUUGGAACUUCUGGGUCGAAAAGGGUCUCUCUUCGGGUGGCCAGUUGAACUCCCGCCAGGGAUGUCAUCCGUACUCGAUAGGUGAAUGUCACAUUCCAGGGGAAGACGAAGAUACACCCAAGUGUUCCAAGAAGUGCCAAUCGGGUUACAACGUCACGGAAGUUUGGCAGGAUCGUCGAUUCGGUCGUGUUGCUUACUCGCUUCCGAAUGACGAGCGUAAGAUCAUGGAGGAAAUCUUCGUAAACGGACCGGUCCAGGCUACCUUCUGGACCUAUUUGGACUUGCACGCGUACAAGAGUGGAGUCUAUCGGCACGUGUGGGGACCACAAGCCGGCGGUCAUGCCGUCAAGCUGCUCGGAUGGGGCAUUGAGAAUAACACCAAGUACUGGCUGGUAGCCAACUCCUGGGGCAAAGGAUGGGGAGAUAAUGGCUUCUUCAAGAUUGUCCGUGGUGAGAACCACUGUGGAAUCGAAGAGAACAUCCACGCUGGUUUGCCCAACCUGCGUAGAAAGCCCCAAGACGCCGAUUAUUUCCAGGGUUACAACUAUAACUGAUCAAUGACGACGAUGUCUUAAGUUUGACAAAUAAGAUAAACUUUCCAUUCAGAAUUAUACGCCGAAUAUGGUUGAUCCGAAAUGUCCACACUUACUCUAAUGAAGCAACUACGCAACAAAUGCCCAAUUGGAUUCAAUUUUACGUCACUUUUAUGAUGGAACCUGAAGCGGAAUAAAACAAACCUUAAGGCAUUGUCCCCGGAUAGGAAAAAGG